AUGGUCGGCCACGAGCGCUACGUGGGUCGGGCGGCCGCCGAGAUGGCAUCGCGCGCUUUCCUAACUUUUCGGGCCGCCGCGGGUCACGCGGGGGCGUAUUGUGUGCAAUUGCGGCACGCGAGGGCACCUAAGGCCGACGACCCGCCCCGCCGCCCGCCACGCAUAAUCCGACAGCAACGGCCGGCCGGCCGCCUUUGUUGGCUACCGGCU